AUGAAAACGUACUACAAGUGCCGGGACGGAGAACAAAUCAAAUACGUCGACGUUUGCUCGCUUUACCCGUGGGUGAACAAGUACGGAAAGUACCCCGUAGGACAUCCGGAAGUUAUCGUCGGUAGUGAAAAGUGUUCUAAACUUAAUUUACGCGAGACAGACGGACUGAUUAAAUGCAGAAUUCUACCGCCUCAACAGUUGAUUCACCCCGUAUUACCGGUAAAACUGAACGAUAAACUCAUGUUCGUGUUGUGUUACACGUGCGGUAAAGUCGGGGCUAAAGAGUGUAGUCAUAGCGAUGAAGAAAGGACAAUUAACGGUACUUGGGUUAUUGAUGAAGUAGUGAAGGCGCUGGAAAAAGGUUAUAAGAUUUUAGACAUUCAGGAAAUCUGGAAAUAUAAGGUAACCCAAUAUAAUCCGGAGACGAAAGAAGGGGGUUUGUUCAACGGAUAUAUUAACCAAUACGUACGUGAAUACCUGGAAAAGGAGGGCGUUACACUAAACCCGGAAAAGGUUUCUGUAAAUCCUGGUCUUAGGCAGCUUGGAAAAGCGGUCAUCACAUCGUUUUGGGGCAAGUUAUGUCAGAGGGAAAACCAGGGAAAGACAACUAUUGUGAAUAAACCAGAAGUGUUGUUUUCCAUGUUAUCUAACCCUGCAACAGAUGUCAACUCCAUACUGCCUGUGAACAAUACGGACUGUGUCCAAGCCGCAUACACCACGGCCCAAGCCCGGCUGAAGCUUUAUAGUUACCUGGAAAAAGUCGGUGAUAACGCUAUUUACACGGACACGGAUAGCGUUAUUUACCUAUCGAAGGCAGGACAAGAAGAAGAUAUCCCACUUGGAAAUUUCCUUGGUGAAAUGACGGAUGAAUUAGAAGGAUAUGGUGAGGGUAGUUACAUUGAUGAGUUUGUGUCGGGAGGUCCUAAGAACUAUGCGUAUAAGGUAUAUUCUCCUAAAACCGGGGAAUAUUUCAUAACGUGUAAGGUUAAAGGCCUCUCCCUAAACUACAACGCCUCUCAAAACAUCAAUUUUGAAACCAUAAAAUCUAUGGCUUUAACAGAAGAGCCCGAACCUGUCCCAAUAAUAUACAAACAGAUACGGAGAACUGGGGAGCAUAAAGUUAUGACCACACAACAGACAAAGCUCUAUAAGGCCGCUUUCAACUAA